AUGGGGAAGAGGGAGGUGGUAGAAAGCUGCAUGGAUAAUCUGAUGAUAGAGAUGGUAUCAGCGUACUGUAACCAAUUCUAUGCCACAAAGCCAGAGCUUGCCGCCCGGAGGAUAGAGGCCAUCGGGUAUCAUGUUGGUCACCAGCUCUCCGAGAGGUAUACUAUGGAGCAUCCUCGAUUCAGUGACCACCUUGAGGCAAUCAAGUUUAUCUGCAAGGAUUUCUGGUCUGAGCUCUUCAAGAAACAAAUUGACAACUUGAAAACCAACCAUAGGGGUACCUUUGUCUUGCAAGAUAAUCGGUUCCGUUGGCUUACACGCAUGUCAAUAUCUCCAACAAACACAGAUUUGUCUCAAGACUCUUCUAUAACUACAAUUGAGAACAAAGCAUUGCAAGCCACCAGCAUGUACCUCUACUUUCCCUGUGGAAUUAUAAGGGGAGCUCUUUCAAAUUUAGGAAUCGCUUGUGCAGUUUCUGCAGAUAUGUCUAAUCAUCCUGCAUGUUCAUUUGUGGUUCGUGUAAAAGCCUGA